UGAAAAAAAAAAAAUAUGAAAAAUACAAAUCAAUCGGGCGACGGCAAAACAAAGCACGUUUUUUCAAAGUGCCAAGAAGACGCCACCGGAUCGGACCUCCCCUCUCUGUUUCCUUCAACUUUUCAACGUCCCCCACACUCCCUAUAUAAACAGACACAAUUUUAUAAGUUACGUGCUGGUUUUGAAAAUAAGCAAAUAAUUAAGACGAAGAAGAAGAAGAAGAAGAUCAGGAUGGAUCUAGAAUCUAUAUCAGAGGCCACUUCAGGAGCCAUAGGGUCACUGUUGAGCACCACCAUUCUGUACCCACUUGACACCUGCAAAACCAGGUACCAAGCUGACGUCAGAGCCAAUGAUCAGGCCAAGUACAGGAACCUCUCAGAUGUAUUCUGGGAAGCAAUAUCCACUCGGCAGGUUCUUUCACUGUAUCAGGGUCUGGAAACAAAAAACCUGCAAUCCUUCAUUUCUCAGUUUGUUUACUUUUAUGGGUAUAGCUACUUCAAAAGAUUAUAUCUGGAAACCAGCGGUUCUAAAUCAAUAGGUACAACAGCAAACUUGAUCCUUGCUGCUGCUGCUGGGGCUUGCACUGCCAUUGCCACCCAGCCUCUGGAUACAGCAUCGUCAAGGAUGCAGACAAGUGCCUUUGGAAAAUCCAAAGGGCUGUGGAAGACCCUUACAGAGGGCACCUGGAGUGAUGCAUUUGAUGGUCUUGGAAUCUCCCUGUUGCUUACAGCGAACCCUGCAAUUCAGUAUACAGUGUUUGAUCAGCUAAAACAAAGACUCCUGAAAGGAAAACAGGAUAAAUUGGCCAAGGGCUCAUCCCCGGAAGCCCUUUCUGCCUUUUCAGCAUUUGUUCUAGGUGCAGUCUCAAAAAGUGUUGCUACCGUUUUGACCUAUCCUGCCAUCAGGUGUAAGGUCAUGAUCCAAGCUGCUGACCCAGAUGAUGACGAUAAAACCAAGGAAGCCCGCCCAAGGAUCCGAAAAACGAUUCCGGGAACUUUCAGUGCUAUAUGGAAAAGGGAAGGCAUUCCAGGCUACUUCAAAGGAUUGCAUGCCCAGAUCUUGAAAACUGUUCUGAGCUCCGCAUUGCUUUUGAUGAUCAAGGAAAAAAUUUCUGCUACUACUUGGGUUCUCAUACUUGCAAUCAGAAGGUAUCUAUUCCUCACAAGAGGCAGAGUAAAAAAUGCAUGAUUGUUAUUGUAUUGACAAGAAUAUGCAUAGUUCACAUGUAAAUUAGGUGAGGCUUUUAUUUAUUAGCUGAAACAGAUGUACUUUUAUAAUGGGAGAACCAAUUUUCUGCUAGGAUCUCUUACUGCUGUAAUAAAGUGUUCUUUAGCUAGAGAUAAAUCAUGGUUUGGGGAAGCUCAAACCUUAGAGCAAACUGUUAACACAGAAAUAAUGUAGCGCAGAAAUUUUGUUCUGCAAGAACAUCAAUGCAUAGUUAAAAAUUUGUUUUAUUGACUGGA